AUGUCCUCCGACAGCAAACCAACAACAGCCCUCCCAACAGGUGCUUCCCACCGGCGCUCCAGCAGCGGAAUCUCCGAAGACGCAGCACGGUCGGCCCACGAAUUCAUGAGCGGCACGAUUCGGCGCUCGUCCAGCGGUGUCACGGACGAUGCGGCCACAGCUGCCCGGGAGUUCAUGAGAUCCUCCAAGGACUCCGGCCCAGGCCUGAACGACGACCUCGCGGACAAGAUGCACAAAUUCAUGCAAGGACCCGCCACGCACAGGGAAAGCCACAGCAAGCAUCUGCCGGACGUGACGGUGAGUGCAUACCUUAGCUUUUCAGUAUUGAUCGGGAAGGUGUGGGUGCUUGCUCAUUUCAUGCUCACGUUCAUGCUCUUGCGCGAGCUUGGCAUCUUCCGUGGUAUGGAUGAAUGA